GUCAGAUUAUCACAAUAUAAUGUAAAAAUAUUGUGUUUACUAAAAGGAUUUAUAGUUUGAUUUUCUUUGACUCUGGCACAUUUUAAUUUAAAUCCGAUAAUUGCAAGAGCUUAAUUAUGGAUCCACAAAUUCAACAGAAGAUUUUACAAUUUGAGACCUUCAUAAAUGAUGUGCUGAAAGCUGAUCUUGCAAAACUAGCCGAAAAACUUAACACUAAAAAUGCUAACGUCGCCGAAUUUUUACAAUUGAAAUCAGUGAUAAUGACGUUUCAAAAUACAAAUGUUGAAAAAACUGGGUUCAAGACCAAAGUCGAUAUUCGAAAUAAUUUCUUUAUUCAAGCACACGUUCCAGAUGCUUCCAAGAUCUUAUUGGAUGUUGGUUUAGGACAUUAUAUUGAAUUCACUUUGGAUGAAGCUUUAAUCGUUAUAAAUAUACGGAUCACGUUACUUGAGCAACAAAUAGCGAAUUUACGGAAAGCGAUUGCAAGAACUAACGCUCAUAUUAAGUUAAUUCUUAUUGCUAUUAGAGAUUUGCAAGGAAUGAGAGUAAAUAUUUGAAAUAUCGUUGUGACAAGA